CCGAAUCGAUGUCGGUACACUGGUGGCUGGUGUGUGCAGAUAGCCUCGGUUUCAAUACUGUCGAGUAAUAAUGGUGGCCAAGAGCAGUCAAUGGCCAAAAUCAUCUCGCCUUAUGUGUUGUUAGGCGAGCUAUACAGUACAUGGCCGAGGACAAAAAAGACGAACCUGGUUUGGAAGGCAGAGCUAGCAAAGAGAUAGAGGAAUGCAAAGUUUGGAUUGGAAAUCUUGAUAAAAAUUUGACAGAAUUCCAGCUCCUACAGAUUGUGAAAAAGUAUGGUGGCAUAAAAAGCUUCAAUUUUAUGUUCCAUAUGAAUGGACCUUUUAAGGGUGAACCAAGAGGCUAUUGCUUUGUCGAGUAUGAGACAAAAGAGAACGCAUCAAAGGCUAUUGAAAAAUUGAAUGGCAAGCAGGUGUUAUCUAAGAGGAUCACGGUUGAUUUCGCUAUAAAACAGAGUCUUCCUGAUGAAAAUGUAAUAGCCGCAAGAAAUGAGACAAGGAAUGACGAACAAGCUGAUACAAAGGUUUCAAGGCAAAAGAAGAUCCAGGCGAUAGAGGAAAAGCUUUUAUUGAUGGAAAAGGGUAAAGAAACUGAAUUAAAAAGUUCAUUAGGGAGAUACAGGACAGAAAAACAAUUUGCAAACAGAAGGACGAACCCUUAUACUCGUCAUCGUAAGAAACUGACUAGAAGAUAACAAAGGAUCAAUGAUUGCGAUUUACUCUGGGACAAAGAUAAUGAUCAAAUUUGACAGGAACUUUUUUUGGUCAGCCUGCGUAAUGAAAAUGAGCUUUCAUGGGUAUUUUAAACCAUUUAGCUGUUAAAUUAAAAAUGACAUAUGCUAAAAUGUACCAAGCCACCCAACGAUAUAAUUUUCGCAAUGUCUAUGAGCGUCCAUGAAUUUCUGAAAAGAUUCAAAGAUUCCCAAAAGAACAGAAUAUGGAAGAAUUUCCAGUGCUGUUGAAACUCUGUGAAACGCUAUGCUCAUUUUGAAAGAUUUUUUCGUUGUGUCCAAAUUGGACAUGCAAAAGUAAUUAAACAACAUAUCUUAAGAAUUCUUCUUUAUUUUGUCUGAUUACAUUGUAUUGCUUAUUUUUAAAGCCUACGGCAUGGCUGUUCCCAUCUUUUAUCAUGUUUAUUUCUUCUCAAGGUUUUUCAUAUGCAAGGUAGUACCCGUGAUAAGAUGCUAACAAAAUCUGCAAUUCUUUCAUAAUUUCCAAAAUAAAUCAAUUGAUAGUUUUAAUAAUUGAAGAUGACUCUAAUGUUAACGGAUGGUGGAAUUGUCUGAAAA